GAACUUCAUCAAUCUCUCAGAGACACACAAGGGUUAUUGGAAAAAGAGAAGGGAGAGAGAAAGAUAUAUAGAGAUAGAGAGCUGAUCCAUGGCUUUUAAUCAUGAGGCAACCAUACAUGGCUUUCCAUGAGAGAGCUCUUUGAUCUCCUUAGAAAUCGAACCCUAUUCCUACUUUUGAUUUGUUCUUGAAUCUCUUCCAAGAAUUCCUCAGCGGCGGUUGAGGGAGGAGAGCCAGCUGAGAGAUCUAAAGAACUAAAGAGAGGUACUAAAGAAUGUUCCCUGCAGCUUCCAGGAAGCCGCCAUCUACUUCUAUGAAUUCUGCUUCGCAUGAGAGGUCUCCCAUGUGUGUUCAAGGCGACUCCGGUCUCGUCCUCACCACCGACCCCAAGCCGCGCCUCCGAUGGACGGCCGAGCUCCAUGACCGCUUCGUCGAUGCCGUCAACCAACUCGGUGGCCCAGACAAGGCCACGCCCAAGACGAUCAUGAGGGUAAUGGGGGUCAAAGGUCUUACUCUCUAUCAUCUUAAGAGUCACCUUCAGAAAUUCAGACUCGGGAAGCAGCCGCAUAGAGAAUUCAACGAUCCUUCACUCAAGGAAGCAAUGGAUCUACAUAGAAACACAGCCUCUUCAUCCCGAAUAAUGGGUCGAAGCAUGAAUGAGAGUUUGCAUGGCACAGAAGCCCUCAGAAUGCAGAUGGAAGUGCAUAGAAGAUUGCAUGAGCAAUUAGAGGUUCAGAAACAUCUGCAAAUAAGGAUCGAAGCCCAAGGGAAGUACAUGCAAAGCAUAUUGGAGAAAGCAUAUCAAACACUCGCAGCAGAUCAGGGCUUGGGCUACAACAAAGAUCAGGUAGGAGGGGAUCAAGUAGGGUUUGUUCAAGACACCAUGGGCUUCCACGAUCUGCAACUUUUCGGUGGCGGAGACCUGCAUCUUGAUAACCUGCACCAAGUGCACUUGAAUCAACCUCUUGAUCACGGCCUCUACUUGACUCCCAACGACCACCCUAGCUCAGCCCUGAUCGGUAAGAAAAUUAUGGCUACGUCUCAUGAUCCCUACAUUACUAACCCUUGGGAUGACGAGGACGACGACGAUGAUAACCUUCACGUCGGGAAACAAGAAGAGCUUCAUCAGAACAUUGGCAAUAUUGCACCGGGGUUGAUCGAUGCUGCCGCCGCCAACGGCCGGCGCAUGGUCGUCGAUGUCUAUGAGGCAAAACCAAUGAUCUCGAAUGCGGGCGGCUCGGAGGGAUCCACAAAAAUGGAUAGACCAUCUCCAUUGCGAGAUCACCCUCUUUCCAUGGAAGGUAUCAACGCCAUGUUAAUAGGAGGCAGCUUUGCCCAGUGAAAGAAGCUCGUCUAAUAUAAUUAUGCAUGCUUCGACGUUAAUAAGGACAUAUAGUGAUUUCCGGGGUAUUCUUUUAAACCACAAACUAGCUAGCUAGCUAAUUAAUUCAGUUUCAGAAAAUUUCUGAUCUUGAGUAUCGUACGACGGUACAAGGACAUUAACUACUUGGUGUUUGUUUGGGAGCGAGUAAUUAAGAGCUUAAUUAGUUAAUUAAUGUAUGAAUCUUCUUUGCUUUCAUUA